GAUUACAUAUUACCCCUCUUCAAAAUCUAUUAAAUAGAGGGCAUUUUCAUUGCAAAAGGCUAUACAUCGAAUCGGACCAUAGCUAUGAUUUUUCUUAUUGAAAAUGGCAGUUUCAUUCUUAUUACACUUUUUUUCUGCUCAAUCGUUUCUAAGGUUGCUUGGGAGCUUUUCUUCUCUCCAUUGAGGCAUUUCCCAGGCCCGGUCGCUGCAAGGUUCACGAACAUUUACCGUGCAUUCAAGGCAUACUUGGGUUCCAUGGACAAUACGCAAAGAAACUGGCAUCGUAAUUAUGGCGCAGCUGUUAGAAUUGGCCCCAAAACCAUCAGUCUCAGCGAUCCAUCUUUGAUUGGGACGAUAUAUGCAACCAAAAAUGCUUGGCUCAAGGAUGAGAUGUACAAGCCCAAUGAUGCUCUUAUUGAAGGGAAACGAAUGUCAAAUAUUUUCAAUUCUAGAGAUCCUUUGUGGCAUGAAAAAUAUGUUAAACCUAUCAGGAGUCUUUGGACCAUGACAAGCGUUCUGAAUAUCGAACCCUUGGUUGAUGAGACUUUGGAGAUGUUCAUCAAAAAGCUAAGUGCGAAUUUUGCGGAUGGAUUGAAUACUUGCAUGGUGGAUGAUUGGCUAGCGUACUUUGCUUGGGAUGUGACGGCAAACAUCAGCUUUGGACGACCAUUCGGAUUGAUUGACCAGGGAAAGGAUGUCGAUGAUAUCCUUCUUGAAUCCAAAAGGUCUCUAUACUACUUCGCCGUCGUCAGUCAAAUUCCAUGGAUUGACCAUCUUCUUGACAAAAACCCAAUCAUUCGAUUUGGUCCCAGGCCAACUGUAACGGGGAUUAUGUACUGUUCUAAGGUUGUCGCUCAAUAUCGAGAAGAGCUCUUAUCGGCGGGCCACAAGCACAAAACCAUUAACCACUACCUCGAUAAAUAUUUCAAGCUCAAAGAAAAGAACCCGGACCUAAUUGAUGACAACCAAAUUGUGACUUAUCUCAUACUCAGUAUUCUUGCAGGUGGCGAUACAACUGCAUCGACCAUGAGGGCUGUUUUAUACUAUCUCUCAAAAAAUACAUCCGCUUACUCAAAACUGACCGAUGAGUUGGACCAUGCGAAUCUCUCACUGCCUGCGCAAUGGAAGGAUGUACAUAAUCUUCCUUACUUGAGUGCGGUGCUCCAUGAGACUAUGCGCAUUAAUCCAGCUUCCGCCAUGAUGUUAGAGCGACUUGUUCCCAAUUCUGGAUUUACUCUUCCUGACGGACGAUAUAUUCCCGGUGGAACAACAGUAGGUAUCAGUCCCGCAGUCUCGAAUCGCGACUCUAAAACCUUCGGAUCUGAUGUCGAUGCCUUUAAUCCUGAUCGCUGGCUGCAAAUGAAAGGAGAAAGCUUAGAGGAUUUUGAAAUUCGUCACAAACAGAUGGUUACAACUGUCAAUUUUACAUUCGGUGGUGGUAAUCGAGUGUGCAUGGGGAAAUAUCUGGUUCAGCUAGAAUUGUGGAAAACGAUGGCUACUCUUUACAGUAUUUUUGAUAUAAAACUCGAAAAUCCUAAUCACACCUGGAAAAUUCAUAAUGCCGUCUUUGUAUAUCAGUGGGAUAUUCCUAUGAAGAUAUCCAGGCGGACUCGAGCUUGAAGUUAAUCCAACAUAAGCAGCUCAAAAUGACAGUUGGUGUAGGUAGAUAUAGAAUAGCGUGAAAUGAUAAUCGCCUUUGAAAGGCAUCCUCACUGCAUUCAGUUUAUAUUCUUUCAUUUAGUCAGUAAAUCUAAUACUCCUGAAUUGGUUUUCUGGAAUUGGUCA